GCUGCCUCUCUCACUUCAAUGAGCGCUAUUGUUGAAGAGUCUGUGCGUCCGGCGCACUUGGGUCGGAGCGGAGCGAGUGCGCUGCAGUGAUACAACUUUUGGUUUGACUUUCGUGUGGAUGCGAAAUCUGCUGCGUCAAAGGAAGACGUUUUUGAAAAGGUUUUGCACAGAGAUACGCUGACAAAGUGGAUAAAAAGUUUGGGUAGAGGCUGCUCGAGCGCAUUCCCGCGGACUUUGGAUUACUUUACUAAGAGUUUUAGGCCUGGCGUCACCAUGCUGCCUUAUCUCCUGCUCCUCUUCCUCUCCUUUGGUCUGGUGUUAUCCUCUGACUGCCCAGCAGACUGCGCCUGCCAAGUCCAGAACUCCAUAUUCUGCAUUAAUCGACACUCCAGCACUGUGCCCCGUGUCCCCACCACCACCCGGAAUCUCUACAUCUUCCAGAAUGGCAUUGACACAUUGUCCCAAGAUGACUUCAAAGGCCUCGAGGAGUUGGAGUUGCUAGAUCUGAGCCAGAACGAGCUGGCAGAGAUUCCAGACGGUGUGUUUGAGAUGCUGUCAAUGUUGAAGAACUUAGACCUGUCCUCUAAUCACAUUACCCACAUUACGAAAGACAGUUUUUCUGGGUUGGUUCAGCUGGAGAGGUUGUAUCUCCAUUCAAAUCGCAUUCAAAGCAUCCAUUCAGAAGCUUUUGAAGAUUUACAGAUGCUACUGGAACUCAAACUUCAAGGGAAUCAACUCACCUCUCUGCCAUCCCUAAAUUUCCCCAGUCUUCUGCUUCUAGACCUUAGCUACAACAACAUCCCAACCCUGGGACCCUCAGACCUCCAGGCUCCCCACCUGGAGGCCCUUAAGAUGGCCUCUCUUGGACUUACCUCUGUGGAUGAGGAUCUCAUAGCUUCCAUGGGAAACCUUCAUGAGCUCGACAUCUCCACAAACCAGUUAACUGAGGUGCCCCAGGCCCUUAAACAGGACUCCCUCAAGGGGCUGAUCAAGCUCAGUCUGGCUACCAACCCAUUGGGGGAGCUCAAGGUGGAGGACUUUAAAAAACUGACUGGACUUCAAGAACUGGAUAUUAGUGGACUUAAUCUCCAGGGUUUUCCUCAGAGUUUCUUCCUGACUUUCCCUAAAUUGAUACACCUGACAGCAGCUGAGAACCCAUUUAACUGCUUGUGUCCAUUGGCCUGGUUCCCCAUCUGGCUGAAAGAGAAACAAGUGAAUCUUGGGAGGCCUGAGGAAACCAGAUGUCACUUCCCUCUAGUUAAUGCUGGGAAGAAACUUUCAGCACUGGAGCACAAAGAUUUUGGAUGUCCACCUACCACAACAGUGCUGACUGGCUCACCCACUGGAAGUACUCCUGUUCCCCAGAUGCCCACCACAUCUCCAACAACCACCCAUACCAAUGCCAUACCUCCUCCUCCCCCUCCUCCUCCUCCACCCAGUGAGGAAACCAUCUCCUCAAAAACCGCCUACCCCCUUCCACCAGAACCUCCAGUCUCCCCUAGUUCCACUAGUGGGCCAUUAGAACCACAUUUUUGCCCACCAAACAUCUGCCUCAAUGGAGGCACUUGUAAUUUUGACCCACUGGGUCAACUCAGCUGUCUGUGUCCUUCAAGAACUUCUGGUCUCUAUUGUGAAAAUGUGGAUGAACUUCCUGAGCCACCAAAGACUUCAGCAACACAAGUUUCCAUAAUUACCCCUGAGAUGCCCACUGAACUUGAUGCUAUUAGCUCUCGGCAAGUGACCUCCACAUCCAUCCUUCUUGACUUGCACCGCUUCAUUGAGACACGGCCACACAUCCGUGGCAUCAGGUUGACCUACCGUAACCUCUCAGGGCCUGACCGACGCCCCAUUAUCCUGAGUGUACCGGCAUCCUACCCUGAGUACACUUUGCGUGGUUUGAGACCAAACUGUACCUAUUCAGUUUGUGCCAGUCCCCUGGGUGAGAGAGUUAACUCCAGGGCCAACAGCUCUGCAGAGACAGGAUCGUGUACAGAGGCUCGCACCGAAGGUGUUUCAAUGACAUCCUCAGAGUCCAGGGUGGAGACACAGAGCCCACUGACAUACACUCUCAUCCCUGCCAUGGCUGCCCUGGCUCUGGUGCUGGGGUUGGCGGUAGUGGCCGGGACAAUCAUCUGUUUGCGGAAGCGGAGGCAGGCAAAGGCAGGAAUGGAACUGGAGCUAGGCCCAGCUGAUCCUGAUCCCAUGGAAGUAGAGGGGAUAAAAGCCUGCUUGGAGAAUGGGGGAAAUGGUACACUGUCCCAUAAACAGCCUGAGAUUGACUGCUGUCACACUCCUCAGCCACCUCCAGCCUUGCAGCAAAACGGGGCCUUGGACUAUGAAGUACCAUUGAUGCAAGGACACUGCCCAUCAAAUAACAAUCUGGCAUCUCUAAAGCCAUCAUAUUUUUAAGCUGCAAUAAGCUACAAAAACUUUUCUUUUUUUUUUGCAGAAAAUGGGCUUGCCCAUUGAGACUUGUAAGGUCCUGCCAUUGUUCACUUAGUGUUUAAAAAUCUCAUUUUCAUCCCAAAUUCAGAUAUUCACAAUUUGAACUGGCACUUACGAUCCUUUGCUGUCCAAAUGAUAACUCUACAGACUGGACCAAAUGUUCUAGAGAUACUGAAUGAUGAAUUUAAGAUUGCAGCACAUUAGAAAUGUGCUAAACCACUGUGGGAAAUUGUUGAAGACGUGGCUCAAAGUCAUCUAGGAGAGUUUGACGAUGGUGAAACCUAACCAAGUGAUUAAACUAAGUGCAAUGGACUAGAAGGUUCUUAGUCGCAGACUGAAAACGGAAGUGCCUUUUUGCAUUAACAUAUGUAACCAAUGGCUCGUUUUUUGUUUAUAGAAAAGAAACUAUGUGAAUGAGCUGUAAUCCUAUUGCUGGAUUUGGGAGAUACAGUAUGGAGAACAGUGCCCCAACAUUUGGGCUACAGAACUGGAGGAAGUGACCUUGGCUAAACAGUGUAAACAGUGACACAGAUGUGGGAAGACAUGAUCAUACAUCCCAUAUAAAUUGGUUUUCAACCAAACUACUCAUUGGGGAUAAUAAAAAAGAACUUGCACUGAAAAGAAAAAUUUCUUUUCCUUUACCUUGUCCCAGUCAUGAACUGCCACAAGACUGAUGGUUGCAAAAGGAAAUGCAAUAACACAAAACUUUGAUUUUUUUUUUUUUACAAAGCUAGUAACAGUUUGAUGACCAUAAAAGCUGCAGAAACUAUGAUCUAAUCUGAAACAAAACUUCGAGUUUUUUCACAAGUGGAUUUGGAUUCUUCAGUGUCAAGAGAUUUAUUUUAAUUCUCUCCGCUCAUCCCAAAGCUUUUGGCUUUGUGUGAUACAUUUGCUGUGAAAGAUAAAUGGACUGAAAAAACAGCCGUUUAGAAUGGACUUUGCUUGUAUUGUUUUUGCUGUGACGGGAAGGCUGUUUCAUUUAGCUUAUAUCAUGAUAUUCUGUGUUUGUCAUGUGUUUUUUUGUAUUUUUAUAAUGCUUUUUGUUGUUGAUGUCCAUUCAGUAUUGCUAUUUCUGUGAGUUGAAACAUUGGAUUGUUUUCCCUUGUAAAAGCCUGCUUGUAUUUUAAGUUUCAUGUAGCCACAACUUUCCAGAGCUUUUUACAUUGAGUGCCGAAGUAAAUACCAGCUUACAUUCUUGAGAUCAGCACUAAAAACAGCCAACAAUAAUCAGACAUCUACUAAAAGGUUUAGCUUACAAUAGUACAUCAGUUACCUUUAUAUUGUGUUACAUAUGUCCGAUGAACUCACCAAGUGAAUGUAACUGUUGAGUGUCAGACACUUAAUUCUCUGUGCCAGGUCUGCCAGUGCUAUACCGGGAUAAGCCACAGACUGUUUCUGACUGCCAAAGUUAACACUAACUGUGUUCAAAGGCUCCUACAAAGCAGCACACACGUGCCGAGGAAACAAAGUUCAAAGAGCUUGAAGGCAAUUUGGCGAAAGUGUCACAGACUUUUAGGCCCUAGUUUCCCCGUGGUGCUGCGGACCAUAUCAUUUCUCAGAUAUGGUCUAGACACUGUCCCCCUGUGGCUUUUUUGCUCUCUGAUAUCCUCUUGGUGGCUCUCUGUGCCUCCGGUCUAACCACCCAGUGUGUUUGGUCAACAGGCAUUAUUGGUUUCUGUGUUUGGAGACUGUUUUGCGUGUUUAUGGCCAACCAGACCGUGAAAUGUACAGGCGAAAUGCACCGUUCCGUUGUAUUUUUUCUUUUUUUUCUCCCCGUCUUGUCAAAAGCAUUUAGAGUUCCUUUCCCCUUUUUUGAAAUGUUUUUUUUUUCAGUCAUGAGAAUGAAUCUUAAAUUGCCAUGUAUAAAUAGGUUUACAAAGACGUGCCUUAACAACAUUGGUGCAGAGCCUCACUGACAUCUUACAGUGUCAUAUUACAUGCUCAUGAACAAAAAAGCCCCUAUUUUGCCUCACAAGACACAAGCAUUAUAUUACAUUACAAACUGAAAAUGAAGAAAUAAAAAAUGUAAUGUAAUGACUUUAGACAGAUUUCAGGUCUUGGUUAUCUAACAGCCUGGAAGACAGUGUGUUGUCAAUUAUUUUGUUCAGGUGUGUGUGUGUGGGUGUGUUUUUUCCCUCUCCCACUUCAUCAGCAGGCUUGUCUUCUUUAAAAUUGAGUCCAUGCCCUACACAGCCACUGUCCAAAAUCAGCUUACCAUUCUUUUGGCUUCACUGCUUUCUUCACCCUGUCACUAUUCCAGUAUAAACACAUAGACAGAUGCUCAUAUAUCUGAUUUCCCUCAAUGUAUCAGCUGGAAGGCCUUCUGUGUUGCUUUGGACAGUGAGAGGACGGAGGAGGAAAUGUUUGAAAUAUUUUCAACAUGCUUGUUAUAGAUCCAUCCCUGUUUAUUUAGGGAAACCUGUCUUUUCUCCUUAUUUUUUUUUUAAUGUUUGUCGAUUACGUCAGUUAUGUCUCCGUGUACAUGUUUGCCAGAAAAGCAAUGCUGAGAAAGAGAACAGUAUUAAAAAAGAGUUCAUGGUAAAUUUCUUGUGAUUUUGUGUUUUAUGUAGUCCCUUUUUCAUGGUUUUAUGCUGGUGCAGUGGGGGCUUUAGAAGUGAUCCUCUUCCUUGUGGAUUUGAGGAAUUUUGGCCCUGCUGAUCACCUCUGGAUGUACAGGGGACAAAUCUAAGCACAAAAAAAAAAAAAAAGAGAAAA